AUGCGGGCACUCGCGGCCGCAGCAGCAACUGCAGUAGUGGCGGCGCCUACCCCCGCGCGACUCCUCCUCGUCUCCGCCCGCCGCGCUGCUCCGCGACUAGGUCAUUGUAGAGCAUCUCCGUUCGCAAGGUCACCUAGGAGCGCCUGCUACGCUUCCACCACCAUGGGAGACGAGACCUCCACUUCUGCCUCAGGCUCGGCCCAGGAACCUGCAGCACCGGCCCUGCAGGGAGCUGGGAGUGUCAAGCAGCAGAUCUCCAACUUGGUGGCUCUGUCACUCCGUGCGACAGUGCCUGAAGUGGAUGUAGAACCGAUAGUUGAAGUUUGCACGGGAAAGUUUGGUGACUACCAGUGCAACAAUGCAAUGGGAUUGUGGUCAAAAGUAAAGGGAUCCGGGACAAGCUUCAAAAACCCCAAUGCAAUCGGACAGGCGAUUGCUAAGAACCUGCCUGCCUGUGAUGUAAUUGAAUCAGCCUCUGUUGCUGGUCCUGGUUUCGUGAAUAUUGUCUUAUCCAAGAGCUGGGUUGCUAAGAGAAUACAAGAUAUGCUUGUGAAUGGCAUCACAACUUGGGCACCAAUUCUGCCAGUUAAGAGGGUAGUACUUGAUUUCUCAUCCCCUAAUAUUGCAAAGGAAAUGCAUGUUGGGCAUCUAAGGUCAACAAUCAUCGGAGACACCUUAGCACGCAUGUUUGAAUUCUCAAAUGUUGAAGUUCUCCGACGCAAUCAUGUGGGAGACUGGGGUACACAGUUUGGAAUGCUCAUAGAAUUUCUAUUUGAAAAGUUUCCGAAUUGGGAGGAACUUGGCAGCCAGGCUAUUGGUGACCUUCAGGUUUUCUAUAAAGCAUCCAAACAAAGAUUUGAUGAAGAUGCAGAAUUUAAAGAUAGGGCCCAACAAGCUGUUGUUCGGUUACAGGGAGGGGAGGAGAAGUAUCGUGCUGCUUGGAAAAAGAUAUGUGAAAUCAGCAGGAACGAAUUUGACCAGGUUUACAAGCUCUUAGAUGUACAACUUGAAGAAAAGGGGGAGAGCUUUUAUAAUCCCUAUAUUCCGCAAGUCUUGGAGAAAUUGAGUAGCCAAGGUUUGAUCGAGGAAAGUGAGGGUGCUCGUGUAAUAUUCAUUCAAGGUCAUCAAAUUCCUUUGAUAGUCGUUAAAAGAGAUGGUGGCUUCAACUAUGCCUCGACAGACUUGGCUGCUCUUUGGUACCGGCUUAAUGUUGAAAAGGCGGAAUGGAUAAUAUAUGUAACAGAUGUUGGUCAGCAGCAGCACUUUGAUAUGUUUUUCAAGGCUGCCAGGAUGGCUGGUUGGCUUCCAGAUCCAAAGGAAAAGAAGUUCCCAAAAACGAGUCAUGUUGGGUUUGGCCUUGUUCUUGGAGCAGAUGGCAAGCGCUUCCGAACUCGUAGUACUGAGGUUGUUCGGUUGGGAGACCUACUUGAUGAGGCUAAAUCUCGAAGUAAAUCAGAACUUCUCCAGCGUCUCACUGAAAAUGGUAAAAUUGUUGACUGGACUGAUGAGGAACUAGAGCAAACUUCAAAGGCAGUAGGAUAUGGCGCUGUCAAGUAUGCGGAUCUGAAGAACAACCGACUGACUAAUUAUACGUUCAGCUUUGAUCAGAUGCUAAGUGACAAGGGAAAUACCGCUGUCUAUCUUCAGUAUGCUCAUGCUCGUAUCUGCUCCAUUAUUCGAAAAUCCAACAUGGAUGUAGAAGAGCUAAAAGUGAGUGGGAACAUUUCUCUUGCUCAUCCAGAUGAGCGUGUCUUGGGACUGUAUCUUAUCCGUUAUGCAGAGAUUGUUGAAGAGGCAUGCACCAAUCUCCUUCCCAGUGUUCUGUGUGAAUACCUAUACAACUUAUCCGAAAUGUUCACAAGGUUCUACACAAACUGCCAGGUUGUUGGGUCACCGGAGGAGCCAAGCCGGCUGUUGCUUUGCGAAGCGACGGCGGUCGUCAUGCGACAAUGCUUCCAGCUGCUUGGGAUCACACCGGUUUACAAGCUGUGA